AUGGAGUCAAGGCCACAUCUCACCAUGGCAGAGCUCAACGCCGCCGCCCUCGACCACUUCGUCUACCAGCCCGUCAGCAAGUCGAUGAUCUCUUACCUGGCCGGCGCUGCCUACAAUGUCAUCGCAUGCGACAGUGCUCUGAUGCCCCCCGCCUCCGCCGAGGCCUACCGUCAACAACAGCUUCCCCCGUCGCCGCCGAGGACACCCGAGCCCCGCGCCGUUCGCUCCGAAGACAACGACCUUCCCAGUCUCGAGGAGUUCAUCACGCAGCUCGUUGUUUCUUCCAACGUCCAGGUCCCGACACUCAUGUCAACACUGGUCUACCUCACAAGGCUCAAGUCCCGCUUGCAACCCAUGGCUCGCGGCCUUCGAUGCACUACCCACCGCAUCUUCCUCGCUGCUCUCAUUCUCACUGCCAAGUACCUCAACGACAGCUCACCAAAGAACAAGCACUGGGCUGCAUACAGCCACACCAACAAGGACGCCUCCAACUUCGGCUUCAACAGGACAGAGGUCAACCUCAUGGAGAAGCAGCUCUUGUUCCUUCUGGACUGGGACUUGAGGAUUACCGAGGAGGAUCUUUACCGCGAAUUCGACCCCUUCCUGGCACCUAUCCGUGCCGAGAUCGAGGCCAAGCACGCUCGCCGCGUCGCUCGCCGCCGUCAGAAGGAGGAGGAGAUGCGCCGGAGACAGGAGGAGAUGUACAACAUGCAGGCCUACCCCAGCCCGCCGUCGUCGCGCGCCAGCUCUCGCUCACGGCAAGAGACCCCCGACCACGCUCGCUCGUACAGCGCUGCCUCCUCCAUCACACCACCUGGUCUUUGCUACAGCAGCAGCUAUGGCAGCUCUGUCAGCUCAUAUGCGCCCUCCGUCGCCUCGAGCCGUUCUCAGUCCCGCGCCACCACACCACUGGACAACCCCGCCGAGGAGCCGUACAUGUACGUUCCCAACGGCAGCUUGUACGAGUCACCCGUCGAAGUGCACAUCGAGCACCCCGCGUCAACCCUGCCGAAGCGCAAGCCUCUUCUUCCCUACGAGAUCAGCACCGAGGAGCUCCGCGAGAUGCAAGACGGCACCAAGGCGAAGAGGGCUCGCAUGGGCCGUGGCAUGUGGGGCCGUGUCUUCGGUGGUACCGUGACGGUGCGGUAG